AUGGAGAGCGCUACAGGCGAUGACGGAACCACACUUGCGACAAGAAGAUCGACACCCGUCUCCAUUCCCGGAUACACGGGUGCAUACAAUAGAGGGCCUUAUACAGACACAUUCUCCCCUCCGAUAACAUGCCGUCAAUCAGCGACCAUGUAUACGGCCGAUGACGGCGCAGGAGCAGCAGCGGGAACGAUUUAUUAUGGACACUGGUGGUCAGGGGACAUGGCCUGCUAUCCCACAGGAACCAUUCCAGCCACCUCGUACACACAUUUUCAGUUCUGGUACUCAUAUUACUACAGCCCUGGCUACUACUGUCCGAGUAGCUGGCACACAGCAGCAACUUUAGCCGACGGCUGGGCAGGCGAGACACUCACCGGAAGUCGUAAUGGCGUCUUGUGUUGCCCCAGGUAA